CAUGUGACGAACCUUCUGGAUGGCGGGUCAGGGUUUGCGUGGACAUCAUCGUUGCAGAGUAGACACUGCUGCAGUAUCCAAACCUUAUCUUAGAAGAGCAACAUGCAAACCAACAGCAGAGAUACAAGGUAAAGUGUAAAUAGACUGCGCACGCACCUCUACGAUCCCGUCCUCCGGAAGCGGAAGCAGCCUCCGGCUUCAGUGUGCAGCAGCCAUCCACGGUGGAAAGUUUAGAGUUUCUGAUCGCACCUUAGCGCGAUGGACCUAAGUGCUGAAGUUAUCACGUCAAAAUCAAACGUCCCUCCGUCCUGAUAAGCCCUCCUGUGAGUCCACCAGUCCAGUGAGACACCGUCUUAACAGCUCUGGUUGGGUCAGUUCACCUUCCUGCUCAGAGAUCACAGCUCAGGAGCGAUCCUCCCAGGCGUGGCCUCCUAGCUGAACAGACACCAUGUGUGACCGCCUCUCUGCCGGCGGCGGCGGCGAGCCGCGGAUCCGCGGGGGCGUGGUCAAGGUGCCGGGCGACCUGGAGCUGAGCGACUCUGACCCCGAGGACCCGGGGGCCGGCCCCCCACUGGACGCCGAGGUCAGGGAGCUGAACUCCUCCAGCGAGGAGGAGGAGGAGGUGGCGACGGUGCGCUGCGGCCGCCCGCUGCCCGCCGCACCAGGCAGCAACUUCAGCCUGAAGGGCGGCAGCAGCAGCUUCUCCUUCCGCAGCCGCAACAUCUUCGACUGCCUGGACACCGUCGCCAAGGAGACCUCCUCGCCGGGCAAGGACGGCGUCGCUAUGGAGACCGCCUCCCCGCCGGGCAAGGACGGCGUCGCUAUGGAGACCGCCUCCCCACAGGGCAAGGACGGCGUCGCUAUGGUGACGUCCCCCAAGCCGGGGCAGGACGGCGCCGUCGACGGAGUCUUCGUGAGGCCCUCGCCUCCGCCGCCACUUGGCUGCGGGAAGAAGACCGGCGGGCCGCAGGCGGGGCGGAAGCGCCACGUUACCGAGGGCCCCGGGGACCCGGUCCAGGUCCCGGCCCGCAGAGGGGCCCCGGACUACCUGCUGCACCCGGAGCGCUGGACGCGCUACAGCCUCGAGGAGGUGGCGGAGACCAGCGACAGCCGCAACCGAAGCGUGGCGCUGCAGUACCUCCUCAGCCUGCAGCAGAGCCAGGAGCCGGCCCCGGGGCCCGAGGGGGCCUGCUUCGUCCCCCCCGACCCGUCCUGCGCCCCGGCCCCCGAGGGCAGCGUGGGGCCCUCCCCCCACAGGAUCAUCUUCUCAAGGCCCGGCCGGGGCCCCGGGAGGGAGGAGCGGGGGGACGAGGGGAGAGCAGCCCCAGACGGGGGGGGAAGGAGGGGAGGUCUGAGCCACCUGCAGGAGGAGGAGGAGGACCUGGACUGCAGCACGGCCGCCGUGCCUCCCAAGGUGGAGCAGAGGAAGAGGAAGAUGGGGCCUGGGAGAGGAGGCGGAGGGCUGAUGGAGGAGGAGGAGGAGGAGGAGGAGGAGAAGGAGGAGAAGAGAGAACCAGAAGUCGCGCCAGAGUUCGCCUCCUUCAGGAAGGCUCACCGCAAGAACUACAGGAAGACGUCGGAGCAGGAGGAUGAAUGAGGGACUGCUGACCGGACCCCCGGGGAGUCUCUCCUGGUCUCUCUCUACUGAAGGGGGCUCUGUCACCCAGCACACCCCCGGAGAAUACCACUUAAUGGUUGGGCUGUAUAUCUUUCUGCUGAUUGGGGUGUAUCGCUGUACAGAAGUUUUUUUAUAAUAAAAAUGCUUUUUGCAAGCUAAGCUGACACAAUUAGAUUUUUUUUUUUAAGUUAUUUUGAUUUCACCCCAGAUAUACUUUACAAUUGUUCAAAUGUUGAAUUGCAAUUUUUAAGAUUAAGAAUCAUGGAUCUGAUUUCAAGCUGUACUUAAACUGCCCUGUUGCAUUAUAUUUUUUUAUAAAGAAAACUAAAGACUUAAUUUAACAAUUAGCUUUAUUUAAAAAAUUGAACUUCAGACAUUUGAAAAGUGAAUUGAUUACAUUUUAGCAAUAUGAAAAAGCAUCUGCACGGGGUUGCAUUUAACAUUUGACCUUAUCCUAGAAUAUGAUAUUUUAAUUGUGCUCCUUAGUCGCUAGAGAAAACCAUAAUAAGGAAUCUUGAGGUUGGAUCAACGGUAAAUACUCCGAUCAUUCAGCAAGGAAUUUAACCUUUCAUUGAGUCACAAAUGCCCUAUCACUAAACUGAAAUGAAAAGUAAUCAGAAUUUAGUUUGAUUAGCUGACAAAUACAAUCCAAUGGAAAUAUAUAAUAUAAUUAUCGAAAAUUUUGUUAGCAAUGUAAAAUAAAUUACAUUAUUAAGAAUAUAAAUUACAGAAGAGAAAUGUGGAAUAAAAAAAAAUCUAAUGUCCAUCUUAUUUAAAGAUAAUAAAACAAUGUUUAAUUCAUCAAUGUCAGGGGUCCAUGCAGUCUAAAAAGUUGGGGAUGACCAGUAAAACCGUUUCCUCUGAACUAUUCUAUUAUAAACCAUGCUAGACAGACGCUCUCUCUGCAAAUUAGAAGUACACCGGCUAAUUAACAUUUUGGGUUUCCCUCUCCAAUUCGUUGUUUCUCUUCGAGCUAGAGUUUGUUGGCAUGUUUCAACAAAUAAGAGAAACUGGACAGACAUGGUGUCCCCCUUUGUACACUGACUCCUGAUUCUAGUCACGUUCUGAUACGAUACGAGUCUGUCCCAGUAAACCGACAUAUCGUCCCGAUACACGGUAAACCUCUACAUAUCGUCUGUCACAAUAUACCUCUACAUAUCGGCUUUCCCAUUAAACCUACAUAUCGUCUAUCCCAGUCAAGCUGGGGUUUCAUUGAGAAAGGAGUAAAAAAUGAGCACAUAUUAACAUUCUGCAGCACUGAUUUGUGAAGGCCUACAAUAUAGGCUACCCUGAACAAACAGCAAGUGGGGAAGAAAAUAAAUGCUAGUCUUUAAACUAGAGAAUAGU